AUGAGCGACAAAGCUGAGCAGCGAACAAAACAACUAAGGCAGGACUUCGGCGGCCUACCACAAUGGGAAACCGCGUUCACACGCGAAUGUCUCGACAACGGCGACACAGAGUGGAGUAUCACCAUAAAAUAUCACGAAAUGGUCCAUGAGAACAUCAAAUAUCGUUCCCUUGCUCGCACCGUACAUCGGAUGUGUAAAAGGCAAAUCGGUAAACAUCCCAGCAUUACGGAAGACAUGAUCAAAGAAUGGCUCGCCGAGGAUGACUGGACUGAUGCUCAGGUGAGAGCGGAGUAUCAGCGACAGUUCGAUGAUGCGCAACUUCCAAAGCGUAACGCAAACAAGCUAGUGUGCGAGAUGAGACGGGAUUACGGAGACUGCCAUUGGGUUAGCGACACACACGUACGCAAGUGGAUGAAGCGUGGGUUGACAGAGGAUCGUAUCAGAGAAAGGUACCAGUAUUACAUGAUCGAGGCUCGAUUGGCGAGUCGAGCGGCAGCCUUGCGGUAUCGCUUAGAAGUCGAGGUGUUUGACAAGUUGGUCAUAUCGAAUGCUGUCUUACUGGAGGAAUGUCGUGGCAAUCCAAACGACGACGCCAUCGUGGACACCUAUUGGAUUAAAUUCGCUAGGGCUCAGGAAGAUGCUGCAGGAGGAGAUGUAGGUGAUGUACAGGAGGGAGCUGUACAGGAGGGAGCUGCACAGGAGGGAGCUGCACAGGAGGGAGCUGCACAGGAGGGAGCUGCACAGGAGGGAGCUGCUGAGGAGGGGUAA